GUCAUAGCCCACUUACACGACUCUGCUCCAUCACCGCUCCCACCCAACACCGCCCUAAACUAAGACGACUGCUCGCAGUCGACGCGUCGGCAGCUAGCAGGCACCCAGCAGUCCACGCGGCGACAACUAGCAGACAGCCAGCUGUCCACCCGCCGACCGCUUUCGCUUCUCGCGAUAAACACAGUUCGCGAUCGGUUUCCAUUGAAGCAACACGUAUUUUUUACUAUGUCCCGAUUUACAACCCGCGAGCUAGCAAUUAUUGCUAUUGCACUUGAGGAUGAAGAGAGAAGCGCAAGAAAUAACAGUCGAAGAUUUUGGGUACAUAAAAUGCUGAAAGCAAGGCGUGCAGAAGGAGAAUUUUGGCAGAUCCAGAGACACCUAUUAGAUGACGAAGAAAAGUUCUACAUUUACUUUCAUAUGAAUCGGUAUUUAUUUGACUACAUAUUAUCAUUUAUUGAAAAAGACAUAACAAAGAAGAAUACGAAAUUCAGACAAGCCAUAACACCAAUAGAAAAAAUUGCCGUCACGUUAAGAUACAUGAUCACGGGAAGUUCGGCAAGGACGUUGAGUUCAAGCUUUAGAUUAGGCGAAUCAACAAUCCGAUCAAUUAUACAAGAAGUAUGUAACGCAAUCAUAAACAAAUUAAUGGGAAUUUUCAUUCCAACACCAAUUGAAGAGCGGUGGAAAAGUAUAGCUGAAGGAUUUCAAGACAGAUGGAAUUUUCCAAAUUGCAUCGGCGCUAUAGAUGGGAAGCAUGUCAACAUCAUAGCACCUGCUAAUAGUGGUUCGCUGUAUUUUAAUUAUAAAAAACACUUUUCUGUUGUACUAAUGGCUGUGGUUGAUGAUAAAUAUAGAUUUAUAAUAGUUGAUAUAGGUGCUUUUGGUAGAAAUAGUGACGGUGGAAUAUUUGCAUCUUCGAAAUUAGCGAGACGUCUUGAAAGUAAUUCAUUACAUAUUCCAAACGAUAAACCACUACCUGGAAGUAACAGAGAUAUACCACAUGUUUUCAUAGGAGAUGAGGCGUUUCCUCUAAUGAAAAAUUUAAUGAGGCCAUACCCUCGUUGUCGUGGCUUAUCUGAAGCACAAACUACAUUCAAUGAACGUUUAUCACGAGCACGCAAAGUUGUGGAAGAUGCGUUUGGAAUAUUGUACCAGAAAUUUGGCAUUUAUAACAAAAGUAUUAAUAUGAACCCGAUACACGUUGACACAUUGAUACUAGCGACAUGUAUUUUACAUAAUAUUAUGCGAAGUUAUGAAAUAGAGUAUCUAAAUCAACAUGAGAUGCAGCAACCAAUACACCGCAACGAGAAUGGUUUCCUGCAACCUAUCCUACUAGAAAACGGAAUGAACAGUGCAGAAAAUGCUUUUAAUAUUCGAGACUUGUUUUCAUCUUACUUUCAAUCUCCUGAAGGGCAAGUUCCAUGGCUGCAUCAAAAUAUUUAAUAACGAGGCAAAAAUUGUUAGCAAUUUUUAUCCUACAUUUUAAAAAUAUAUUUUGUUUUAUGAAAAAUAAAUAACUUAUAGACUUCAACAAAAAGUUAUUAUUUCAACAUGUAGGUACUUUAGUUUUAUCAAUUCUUCUGGAGUUAGAAGCGGACAGACGGACUGAGAGAGACAGACAGAUAAGUAAGUAUUUCGAAAUCAAAAUUUUCGGUAUCAUAAUUUUAAGGUUAUGGAGUGAAAAUGUUUUUUAAAAAAUCAACCAUAAAACAAAUACUUUUUUAAUAUAGUGCAGAUUGUACGUAGAUAGGUACAUACCUGUUGAAGACAACGUUCUAGCAAUGGAUUUCCAUGUUUGAUCCCUUUUGACAGAAUCUGCGUAUUUUGCGUCACUGGCAUCAUACAGAUAGGGGUAUCUUCGCACUUCUUCUAUAAGUUUUUCUUUGUUCAUAAUGGAUAAGUUCAAUAUUUACGAAAACACUUUGAAAGAGAUCGAGCGUGCGAUUUGCUUGGUGAAUACUGGCCGACUGAGCCACGACACGACUGAGCGGCGACGGCGCCGGCGGGCAGCGCGGGCGACGACUGCUAGCAGUAAGCGCGCGGACACCGCGCUGACCGCUCGUUUACAAUGUGCGGCCAGCGAUGCCUCGACUAUCGAGCAGUCUGACGGCGGUAAGCUCGUUGACAGCGAGCUGUCUGCUAAUUUACGAUGCCAAUGUAAAAUAUAUCUAAAGAACAAUAUUUAAAGCCCAUAUUUGAAUUAUAUUCUUUUUGCCGGGUGGGAGUAGAGUCGUGUAAAUGGGCUAUGACCUUUGAGCGGCUGCGAGUUCGGAGGUGGAGAGCGGCGCGCGCCGCUCCUCCACCUUCGGCCGCACCAUCGCCGCGCGCCACAACCUCCUCUUGACGUCGGCGAUGGCGCGGUCCCGAAGUCGCUCCACCAAUGGCGGGACGGGUAUACAGCCUAACGUCUUCUCCGACACUUCGACGCCGACUUCAAUUCUAAAAAAUAAAAAAGGCUUAAUUAAUCAACAAUUAUAAUAAAUAUAUGAACCAACUGUCCUGAAAAGUAUUUAGAUUAUUG